AUGAAUACAUUUGGCAACGUUGCAUGAUCAUAUUCCGAAAGCAGCAGCCAUAGUUAGCGCGUGUGUUUUUGUAUUUGUAUCGCGGUGCACCGUGGGCCGGGCGAAAGCCAAGAUGGCGGCAGCCGUGUUUGGCGAACGCGUUUUAAGUAUAUAUUCGGUUUAAAUCACAUAAAUGGCUCGAUUUAAACGCACAGUAAGUUCUUACACUGUGAUUUCUUAGUUCGCACAAUUCACCAGCCAUUCAAUUGUUAUUGAAUGAUGUCCAUUUGACGAGACACGACACACAAGAUUCUUUGGGAGGAAAAAAAGUGUCUCGUGCACUGUCAUAGUCAGCAUCUUCGACUACACAGCAAAGAUAAUUAUUCAUCGUCGGUGUUCCAUCGAGAUAUCGUGUUUACCUUGACUCUUCUAUAAUCGCAAGGAGUUUAAAGGAAUCUUCUGUCAUGUCAACUAAAAGGGAUAAGGACGCAAUGAAUGAAGAUAGCAGCAGUGAUGAAGAUGAAGAUCCCGAUAACAUGGGUGUACCUGGUGGUGGUAAAGAUCUUGCUACUGCUACUGGAAUUGCAAAUAUUAAAGAUGAGAAGCCUGCAGAUGCACCAUCUAAUGUUAUGGCUAAAGGACAAGGAGCAUUGAAUAUGUUAAAUCAGAAGUUUGGUAAUAAAAUUCCUGGUGGAUUGGUAACUAAGACAGCAACACCCGGUUAUGAAAUGGUACGUGUAGGAGGAUCACAGGGUACACCACCUGGUUUUGUUAAUGCAAACCAAUUAGGUCAAUUAGGUCAGUUAGCUGCUGCUGGUGGACCAUAUUUUCCACCAGGGUUAGCAACUCUUGCAGGUUUUAAUCCUGCAGCCUUUUUUCCACCAAGUAUGGAUAUGAGCUUAAUGAGUGGUUUUAUGGGUAUGCCUGGAAUGAACAUGGGAGUUAAUCCUCUUGUGCAAUUGUUAAACCAAAAUGGUUUACACCCAAAUUGGCCAGCUGGAUUGUCAGGCAAAGGUGUAGCUCAAUUAUGGAUGAAUUCUGGAGAUCCUGCAAAAAUGAAUAUGCAACCAACUAUACCAGAAGAAGAAGAAGUGGAUGAUGAAGAUAUGGGUGUUGCGGAAACAUAUUCUGAUUAUAUGCCAACCAAACUUAAGCUCGGACGAAAGCAUCCAGAUCCUGUCGUGGAAACUGCAUCACUAUCCAGUGUUGAACCAACAGAUGUUUGGUAUAAACUUUCAAUUCCUGAAGAAACGAUACGAACUGGAGCUUUAUCCGCGUUGCAACUUGAAUCAAUAACAUAUGCGUCCCAACAGCACGAACAUCUCUUACCAGAUAGUACGCGUGCUGGUUUUCUUAUCGGUGAUGGUGCAGGAGUCGGCAAAGGACGAACUAUAGCUGGAAUUAUAUUUGAAAAUUAUUUGAAAGGAAGAAAACGUGCUAUUUGGGUAUCAGUCUCAAAUGACCUUAAAUAUGAUGCUGAACGUGAUUUAAACGAUAUCGGUGCAUCAAAAAUUGAGGUUCAUGCUUUAAACAAAUUUAAGUACGCAAAAAUUUCGUCGGCAGUAAAUGGCAACGUAAAGAAAGGAGUGAUAUUUAGUACAUAUUCAGCUCUAAUUGGAGAAUCUUCUCAAAGUGGUGGAAAAUAUAAGAGUCGAUUGAAACAGCUUUUACAAUGGUGUGGUGAAGAUUUUGAUGGAUUAAUUAUUUUUGAUGAAUGUCAUCGGGCUAAAAAUUUAUGUCCUACAGGAAGUUCAAAGCCUACAAAAACAGGUUUAACAGUCUUAGAGUUGCAGAAUAAGCUUCCCAAAGCUAGAGUAGUAUAUGCCAGUGCUACGGGUGCUUCUGAGCCCCGUAAUAUGGCCUAUAUGGUUCGAUUAGGUAUGUGGGGUGAAGGAACACCAUUUCCUGAAUUCAAUGAUUUUAUUACUGCUGUGGAGAAGCGUGGAGUUGGUGUAAUGGAAAUAGUAGCAAUGGACAUGAAACUUCGAGGCAUGUACAUCGCUCGACAACUUAGUUUUCAUGGUGUAGCUUUUAAAAUAGAAGAAGUACCAUUAUCCAAAGAAUUUACUGACAUUUAUGAUCGUUCUGUUCGUCUUUGGGUUGAAGCAAUGCAUAGGUUUCAAGAAUCAGCAGAAUUGUUAGAUGCCGAAAAUCGUAUGAAAAAAACUAUGUGGGGACAAUUCUGGUCAUCUCAUCAACGUUUCUUUAAAUAUCUGUGCAUUGCAGCUAAAGUGAAACAUGCUGUAGCAGUUGCACGAGAAGCCGUGAAGUGUGGAAAAUGCGUAGUUAUCGGUUUACAAUCUACUGGUGAAGCUCGUACGUUAGAACAAUUAGAACGCGAUGAUGGUGAAUUGAGCGAUUUCGUUUCCACUGCAAAAGGAGUGCUUCAAACAUUAGUAGAAAAACAUUUUCCAGCAUCAGAUCGUAAUCACAUACAACGAGUUCUUGGUAUUGAACCAUCGAAAAUGCAAAGAUUAGAUGAUCUUGAUGAUAUUGAUGGUGCAGGUGGUUCUGCAAGUGGAAGUAAAAGGAAACCAAUACGACAGGCUGCUCAACGGGCUUCAAAAAGAGUUCGUACAUUUCCGUCUGAUGACGAUUUUACGGAUGAUGAAAGAAAUGGUGGACAUAGUUCUGGCUCAGAAUAUAAACAAAGUGGUAGUGAGAGUGAAGAUGAUCACAAGACCGAUGAGGAGAGCAAUAUCACUUCUGAUUCUUCUUUUAAUUAUAGUGAAUCAGAUUCUGAUUCAGGUGAUGGAAGACGAAGGAAGAAAGGCGCCAAAAAACAAAAAAAACCAGUGAAGAAACGAAGCGGUCCAAUGGGAGCCGGAACAACACGUAAUCGAGCACCAUCAAGAGAUGCUGUAGAACGUGCUUAUACUAUGAAGAAAGAAUUAUUAUCGCAAAUUGAAGAAUUGGGAGAACGAUUACCACCAAAUACUUUAGAUCAACUAAUCGAUGAGUUUGGUGGACCAGAAAAUGUUGCUGAAAUGACUGGUAGGAAAGGACGAGUUGUUCAAACAGAAGAUGGUACUAUUCAAUACGAAUCCAGAUCUGAAGUGGAUGUACCAUUAGAAACUCUUAAUUUAACUGAGAAACAAAGGUUUAUGGAUGGUGAAAAAACAGUAGCUAUUAUCUCAGAAGCAGCUAGUAGUGGUAUAUCAUUACAAAGUGAUAGACGAGCGAGAAAUCAGAUGCGACGUGUGCAUAUCACUCUUGAAUUACCAUGGAGUGCAGAUAGAGCAAUACAGCAAUUCGGACGAACACAUCGUUCUAAUCAAGUCAAUGCGCCGGAAUACAUAUUUCUUAUUUCGGAUUUAGCUGGUGAACGACGAUUUGCAUCUAUUGUUGCAAAACGUCUUGAAAGUCUCGGGGCUCUCACGCAUGGUGAUAGAAGGGCUACAGAAACUAGAGAUCUCUCACAAUUCAAUAUUGAUAACAAAUAUGGACGUGCAGCACUUGAGGCAACAAUGAGAACUAUAAUGAAAUAUGAACCACCGCUUGUACCACCACCACAAGAUUAUCAAGGAGACUUCUUUAAGGACGUAGCUGACGCAUUAGUUGGUGUUGGUUUGAUUUGCAAUAGCGAGAGUACACCGGGCGUACUUACAUUGGACAAAGAUUAUAACAACAUGUCAAAAUUUUUAAAUCGUAUUCUUGGUAUGCCAGUUGAUUUACAAAAUCGACUAUUUAAAUAUUUCACUGAUACUUUAAACGCGAUUGUAACACAAGCGAAAAAAACUGGUCGUUUUGAUAUGGGUAUUCUUGAUCUUGGUACAUCUGGUGAGAAUGUAAAACGAGUUAAAUUGUAUCGUUUUCUGCGGAAACAUGCUACUGGAAAGGCACCAACUGAACUUCAUGUUGUUCAUGUCGAACGUGGAAUGAAUUGGGCUGAAUCGAUGGACAAAUGUUCUGAAUUAACAGGAUCCAAAGAAGGAUUCUAUUUGAGUCAUCAGAUUCGUAAUGGAAAGCAAACGGCAAUUCUUGCAGUUUUAGUGGAUACUGGAAAAAAGAAAUCUGAGAGUAAAAAAGAUCAAUUAUAUAUGGUUUAUAGACCCAAUACAGGAUUACAAUUAAGACAAGAAACUCUAGGUGAAUUAGAGAAAAAAUAUAAGAAAGUAUCUUCAGAUGAAGCAGAACCACAUUGGUCACAACAAUAUGAAGCAUCUGUAGAUACAUGUUCACACGCUUAUUGGCGUGGCAAUUGUAAAAAUGCGACUCUUGGUAUGGAUUGUGAGGUUGGACUUCGAAGACGUUCCUAUAAUGUAUUAUCAGGUUCGGUAUUAAGUGUAUGGAGUCGAGUUGAAAGCAUUCUUGCGACACGUUCUGCUCAUAAUACUAAAAUGCAAGUUGUACGCUUACGAACUGAUGAAGGUUUAAAAAUAGUCGGUACUCUUAUUCCGAAAUCAUGUAUGGAAAUAUUACGUCAAGAAUUAUCAUCUGAUGCUGAAAAUACUGAAGAACUUACAUUUUGAACAUUUCAUUAAUUCGCUUUUAUAGAACAGGACCAAAAGAAGCGAUUAAUGUGAAUAUAACAUGGACAAAUCCCUCUUCCUAAGUCUUGCGACAAAAUUCAGAUAAAGAAGAGGGUGCAUUUGCAAAUGCACGGCAAAGAUAUAAAUUGAUUAUAUCAAUUAAUAAGUAUAUAGAUUCGAAAGUUGGAUCUAUAACUUUAUUUUAAUUGCCGUAAUGACGAGUGAAACGAACGUGUGCAUAAAUAUUUCCAAUCUAUGAAUUUCAUGAGAUCGAAACUUAUUUUUUCGUUAGGCUUUAACGUUUUUAAUUUAAUCAUUUCAACGAAGUAUACUUUGUAUACCUAUUACAUCCCGAUCAAACAAAAAAACAUUAUUAAGUAGCUAACAUAUUUCUUUUUUUUUUCUUUGUUUUUUUUUGUUAAACUUUAAUAGAUCCCACCGCUUUUUAGUUAGACGUUAACGGGAAUGAAUCUUUUUCUAUUUUUCAUUUAUCUGUUUUUCGUGUCAUUGAAUCAAGAAAAAAAGAAAAUAACAAAGUCUAUAAUUUUAUAAUAAUUAUGAUUACAUGCAAAGUAAAUUUGUCACUCCUUUUGUAUGCGAAAAAAAAUAUUACAAUUGUUUUGUAAAAUGUAUCACUGGACAUAGAUAUUUAGUCAGUCAGUCAGUCAGUCAGUCAGUCAGUUAGAGUCUCUCUCAGUCUCUCUCUCUCUCUCUCUCUCUCUCUCUCUCUCUCUCUCUUUCUCUCUGCUUGUCUUCGUCUGUUUAUUUCUGUUUCAUCUGUUUCUAUUUCUAUCUCUAUCCCUGCAUUAUAUUAUAGGAAAAUUUCAAUUUAUGCGGAAUAGCUUUAUCUUUCGUGUAUUAUGAAAAAUUUUAUCAAAUUUGGAGAGAAGUAAGAUUCUUAUGUGGAAAUAUAAAAUUAAGCUAUAAUAAUACAUAUAACUUAAGAAUCAUAUUUUAUGCUAAUCAUAUCUUGAAGAACAAAUUUAAACAUUCAGUGAGAAUCGAUUAAAAUCUUAGUUAUAGAAAUGGGUUUUCUUACUCAAAUAUAUAUUGUGACUGAUUAACAAAAUAGAAGUAAGGAAAACCCAAAAAAAAAUAUAUAAAGUAGUAUUAGAAUGAUAUAGAAAAAACAGUGCAACAAGCAAUCGAUUUUCGCUGGAAUAUAUGCAAAUGUAUACGCAACUGUCCAGUCCUUUUGUUUGAUCGUUGAAUUCAUUGAAUAGUUAAUUAAUGACCAUUGCUACUGCUAUCAUUAAUGUUAUUACACAACUGCUACUAUUAUUAGUACUAGUAUCUUCACUGCAAAACUAUUAUUACUAUUACAAGGAGAUGAAGGAACGAGGUAAUAAAAGGAGAUUAUUAUUCUAUAAAUUUUAUGUUAAAACUAAUGUUUAUUAUUUAUGAAAUAAGUGCCAAGAUAGUGUAAUUCUUGUAUGUUUUUACAAAUUUGUUUUUCAUAUAUAUUUCUUUAUAUAUAUAUAUGUAUAUGUGUAUAUAUAUAUAUAUAUAUAUAUAUAUAUAUAUAUAUAUAUAUAUAUAUACACAUAUAUACAUAUAAAAUGUAUUACUGUGACCGACAUUAUUAUUACAAUAAUAAGUGGAUAAUUUUAAAAAUCUUAUGUAAUAAGAAAAAAAAUGUAUAACCUCGUCUCCUAAUAUUCUUCAUUUAUAAGUAGUCAGCAUUAAAAGUUAGAUUUGAACGAUACAUACGGCAGUAUAUUUAUAUUCAGAAAUCAUAAGUAGUCAUGCAAUUCGCAUGUAUAUUGAGUAGAUGUCUGUUGUUUGUACGCCUGGACGAGUUUCGAUAGCUAAAUAAAUGGAUCUCACAAUUUAUGAUCUAUAACAAAAAAUAGAAAUAAAAAAAAAAAAAGAAAAGAAGAUCCAAUCGAAAAAGAUGAUAAAUAGAAUAUUUCGAAAAAAUCGAAGAAUUAAUUUUAAGUAGAAUUCCAAUUAAAAAUAUAUAAGGAUAUGCGAAUUAAGCGUUUACAUGUUGAGACGCUGCGAAACCGAAAAUUGUCUUGUGAAUAUUUUCUUGUCUUUGUAACUAUUCUUAUUGCAAAGAAUCGUUUUGAUGUGAUCCACGAGAGAAAAAAUACUGUUUCUACGGAUACACUACAUAUUGCAUUUAUAAAGAAAAUUAAGAAAACACACAGAAAGAAAAAAAGGAAUAAUGUAAAAUAUACAUUCAUAUAACGUAAAUAAGAAUAUUCUUAUUGCGUUAUAUCUUUUUCUAUAAAAUUGGUAUUAUACAGGAUAUCUACUAAAUUAUUUAUUAAUAUGUAUAUUACAGAAAUUCCUCAUUUAAUUAAUUUGCUAUCUAUUUUUCAUAACGUUUACAUAUAAUUAAUUUCGCGUAUUUAUUCAGUUUAUAUAAAGUUCCAAUUUUUAUAUUCAUACAUUAUAUAUAUUCGUUCUUUUUAAACAUAAAGAUUCUUUAUUAAAAUGAAAAUGAAACUCUUUACUAAUGAAAAAUUCGAAUAUUGAAAGUGAUUUGUGAUUAUAACAUUUUCAAAGUGUAAAUAUAUAUAUUAAAGAAUAUAAAGCAGGUCACACGUGUACCUUAUAUUCGAUAUUUUUACAAUUCUUACUUGAGUUCCUAUUACAGACAAGAUGUAAUUUAUAAAUGUGGUAUCUAGUAUACGUGGAAAUCAGGCACCGUCUUGCCAAACGAUUACUUUCAUAAUGUGCUGUGUUUUGUGAACUUGAAUGAGAGAAUCUAAUGAUGCUAUACAUAUAUACAUAUAUAUAUGUACGUAUUUGUGUAUAUAUACAUGUAUAAAUGUUUUCUGUGUAUGUAAAAUCAAUACUUCUUAGUAAAAAUUGAAAAAAAAGUAAUAUUAACAAAAAUUGAUCUUUCGAACGAUAAAGCCCAUUCUAUAUACUAUUAAUUAUAAUUACGAUAUUUGCAUUAACGUUAUUUUCUUCUGUUGUAACUUCAAGAAUAGAAAUCGUUGUGCAUCUUGCUACUUUUUUCUCCUAUUGCUUUGAAUAUAUAUGUUACAUCGCAAAAGCAUUCGAAACAUAUUGAUUCAUAGGCGUAUAAAAUACAGUGGAUUUCCGUAAGAAAAAAAGAUGUGUAAAUUGUUUUCUUUGCAAGCACAAACUUAGUACUUGCAUAGAAUUAUACUAAUAGCAAAUAAAAAAUCUUAUAUAAA